CCCCAACUUUCAGAAAAUUAAAUUAGAAAAAGGAAAAACGAGAAACUACAACAAACAUUCAGAGCAGGAAGUUUCAGGAGCGCUAAGUCCCCACGGUUUCGUAUUCCUUAAUCUGAAAAAUUCAACUCUCUCUCUCUGCCGUUUUGUGAGAAACGAUCACAGGGAGGUUGGCGAUAGAGGGUGCCAGAGGAGGAGGAAAGGAGAUGUCAAUUGGUUGGUGGUGUUGUAGCACAAGGGAGCCCGUCCUUCUGAAUCCGUCUUUGUUGAGGGGUUUCUUUGGUCGGAAGGGAAGGGUGGUGGGGUGGACGAUGCUCCCCAACAAGAGGUUUCUUAGACAAUCAGGGGCGAGGGCGUCGGCCGUCGAUUCCCAAGAGAGCUCUUCGGAUUUCGUCAAGCGUAUGGAGCAAGCGUGGUUGAUCUCUCAGCAACCAAGGCCAGUAGUUUGCAGUACUUGCAACUCAAAAGGGUAUGUGGAAUGCAAAUGGUGUGGAGGUACCGGCUUCUUCAUUCUUGGGGACAACAUGCUUUGUCAAGUGCCAUCAAGGAACACCAGCUGCGUUAUUUGUGCAGGAAAGGGCUCUGCAUGCUGCUCCAGUUGUAAAGGCACAGGCUUCCGUGCUAAGUGGCUUGAGCAAAGGACUUCAAGCAACCCUUGACUGGUACUUGAAAGAAGAAGCUGCGUUAACUUCUCGAGAAGGGUCGGCCAUCAUGAUUUCAGAUGAUGUUGGUUACUAAAGUGAAACUUCGUGGUUUUAUGAAGACAGGAUAUUAUUUUCCAUUCUAGACUACAGACCCUGCUAGUACAUUGGAGAGGCGGGAGCUUAUGACUCACUAUUUGUAUAAUGCGAAAUAACUGAAGUCCAACAAAACUUUACUCAGAAAAUAUAAUUUUGUGAGCCAAUAUCGAAGGCAUUGGGCAGAUAAAUUCAGCAGAAAAUCUGCAAACUGAAAGAAACUGUUAAAAUGAACUCUGAAUCGCCUUACCUGCAGAUAUCUGGUUUAUUCAAGGGAGGAUGCUCUGGCCUUCACCAGGUUGUGGGAUUCUCCUCACGCACACCCAAUAAAAACAUGCAAGUACAGGCAUUUAUUAGCAUGAAGUGAGCAGGGGCAUCUACAUGGGCAUUGAAUCAGACAAGUGUUUUGAGGGCCGUUUAUUCGAGAAGCACACUUUCCCUACUCUGUUGUUGGACAUCUAUAUGAAAUUUAACAUGCUACCAACUUUCAGAGUGCAACUAAGUUUUUCCACAUUUAUAAUUGUAGUUUCAGCUUUCUAGGCAUCAAUUAGAACUUGUUGCUUUGUUUAUUAGUCAUGAUUUGUAAAUGUUAUUAAUUAGUAACAAGUUGAUGAGUUAGUUGCC